UUCGCGAGCCGGCUCAACUCCAUGAAGGACCGCCGCGACCUCGCCGGCGACACCGCGGACGACGUGUUGGGCUGGGUCGCGCGGCAGGGCACGAUCGCGGGCUUGGACCACGUCGACUUCAACUUCCCGCAGCACCUCGCGGGCCUCGACGCCGGCGCCGUGGCGGCCGCGCUGGACGACGCGGGCCUCACGUGCGGCGCCGUGUGCCUCCGGUACCCGUCGCCGGAGUUCUCCGCCGGCGCUUUGACGCACCCGGACGCGGCGGUCCGCGCCAAGGCCGUGGCGCUCACGGUCGAGGCCUGCGACUGGGCGGCGAAACUCGGAACCGACGAGGUCGUGGUCUGGUCCGCGUUCGACGGCUACGACUACGCGUUCCAGUGCGACUACGACGACCUCUGGGCGCGGCUCGUCGCGAGCUUCCGCGCCGUCUGCGACGCGCGGCCGGCGACGCGGGUGUCCCUCGAGUUCAAGCCCACGGACGAGCACACGCGCUGGUUCGCGGUGCCGUCGACGGGCGCGGCGCUGCUGCUCUGCGCGGACGUCGACCGCGCGAACUUCGGCCUGACGCUCGACGUGGGCCACUGCCUCGCCGCGGGCGAGAACCCGGCCCAGUCCGUCGCCGCCGUCGCCGCCCGCGGCCGCCUCUUCGGCGUCCAGCUCAACGACGGCUACACGCGCCUCGGCGCCGAGGACGGCCUCAUCUUCGGCUCCGUGCACGCGCUCGCCGCGCGCGAGGUCGUCUACUGGCUCCGCAGGGCCCGCUUCGCCGGCCACGUCUACUUCGACACGUUCCCGCGCAACGAGGACCCCGUCCGCGAGUGCGAGCUCAACAUCCGCCAGGUCCGGCGGCUCUACGACGCCGCGGGCGACCUCGACGUCGCCGACGCGCAGCGCCGCCACGACGCCCUCGGCGUCCUCGAGCUCCUCGAGGCGAGGGGGGACCUGUAA